GUUAACUAACGGAAACGUCGCUGCCGCCAUCUCAGCGUUGGGCGGAAGCAGAAAUGAUAGACCGAGAGGUUUCCUCGGGAGAUUGAGCGAAGGCGGCGAGAUGCCGUUGGUGUUGCUCUGCGGGCUGCCGGGCAGCGGCAAGAGCCGGCGCGCCGAAGAGCUGCGCGCCUCUUUGGUCUCUGAAGGCGAACGGCGCGCCUUCGUUGUAUCCGAGGCGGACGUGGCCGGAGGCCGGGCUGCCUUGAGGGCGGCGGCCGAGCGGCUGCUGAACCAGCGGGACGUAGUUAUCGUCGACGCGGGCAGCGAGCUGAAGAGCUUCCGUUACGAGCUCUACUGCCUCAGCAAGCACGCGGGGACCCCGCACUGCCUGGUGCUCUGCCCGGGAGGGAGCGCGCUCCCCGACCGCCCUCCUUUGGAGCCGCCGGACUCGCAAAACCGCUGGGACUGGCCUCUCUUCCUGGCGCCCCAGGACCCGGCCGAGCCCCUGCCGCUGCCCGAGAUCCGCGCCGCCCUCUUGGAGCGCCGCCCGCCUCCUCCCAACCAGUCCACGCGCUCCCAGCCGCUCCAAGCCGCCGGCUUCCUUCACCAACUCGACCGCCUGACCCAAGAGGUGCUGGCCGCCGUCAUGGCUGCUCAGAGGGACGGCGCCCAGGCCGGACAGUUCAUUCCGGUGGCGGUGGAUGGAUUAGCAGGAGGCGGCCGAGAGCCUCCGGGCUUGCUGUUUAACAGGCCGGUCAGCCUGGCUGAGCUGAGCCGCCUGCGAAGGCAGUUCCUCAGUUAUGCCAAGAUGCACCCGGGAGAAGGCGAACAAAAUCUACCUCAGCUGGGCGGCAUGUUUCUUCAGUACCUGAGUCAAAACCUGCAGUGAGCUCAGCAGGUUCCUCUGAGUAGCGGUUGCUGGCCCUGCUCUGUGCAUGGAGGAUGGACUUAGGCAGGACGCUUCAUUUAGAUAACUUUUUGCUAUUUAAUUUUGGACAGGAGUUCUACAACUUGCCGAAUUUAUAGACUGCUUUCGAAACUAUUUGAUGAAGACCGAGGUUUAAAAUAAUGUUCUUCAGUAUUCAUCUAUUUAUAUUUGAAUUGCAAUUGUCAUUAUUUUUAUACUAUGCCUUGUUUAAAGAAGUUCAUUGGUAGAUUUCAACAUUCAUAGUGAUUCCCAUGCGGUGAAUUGGCAGAAAUAGAGUGACUGAAUUGAAGUUCAUAAAUUCAGCUUUCUAAUCAAAGAUUCGGUGCAAUCCUGAAAAGUGUGUUUAUCAAAUACAUUUGGACUUAAUAUGACUAAAAAAAAGUUUACAUAAAAAACAUUACGUUGUGCUUAUAAUAUCUGUCUCUCUGUGUGGUUAACUUAUUAAUGAACUGCAAGUUUGGA